GCCGAGCCCGGCCCGGGCAGCGGGGGAGCCCGGCCCCGGCACCGUUCGCCGGGAACCCCCCGGCACCGGCGGCGGUCCCGGCACGUGAUUCCUCGGGAUGAGGUUCCCUCAGGGAGGACUCCUCUGUGCUGAUGGGCUCCGGCUCCUUCUCUCUGCCGGGGGGAUUUGCUGAUUUGGAAGUAUCAUCAGCAGCAGCCGAGGGUUGCUGUUACAGGAGGUGAUGGGGAGGCUUCUGGAUACACUUUGUGCCCGGCUGGGCUCGCCCCCGGCCUCCUCUGAAAGAUUAGUGGGGUAAAAGCCUUGUGAGGAUCUCCAGAGCUGCAGGAUUUGGUGUCUUCACCCACGUGUGCUUCUCAAUGAGGAUUUAUUGGUUCAUGGAAAUUCUGUUAACAGGAAAUUAGUCCAAUUUGGCUUUGCAAAACAGAGCACGGGCCAAGUCCAGACUCCAAAGCAUCAUUUGUUAAAUCAUUCUGUAGCAUUGUAGUAUAGGGGAAGGAUGAUGGUGCUUUGUUUUCUGAGCAGAACACUGCAGCUAGCAAGACAUUCAUCCAGUCCACUGGGGAGGCAGCUCUGCUCAACCACCGCGAAGAAGCCUGUGCUGACUUUAUUCACCAAGAAACCAUGCCCUCUAUGUGAUGAAGCGAAAGAAGUUCUUGAGCCAUAUAAGAGAAGGUUUAUUUUGCAGGAGAUAGAUAUUACACUUCCAGAGAACUCGGCAUGGAAUGAUAAAUACAAAUAUGACAUACCUGUUUUUCAUUUAAAUGGGAAGUUCCUAAUGAAGCAUCGAGUGGACAUUAAAAAGUUUGAGGACCAACUUACAAAAUUGGAGUUGCAAAAAUGAUGAAAACCAGUGAAGAAAACGCAGCUGCUUUGGUGUGGAUCUGAAAGGCCGGUGCAAAACAUAUUGUGCACUGUGUGGAAAACCAGUAUGCAUUAUCUGGCCUUAUGUUUCUUGGAACAUACAGUGUCAGUGUCCAAAACACUUGAAUGACUUGUGUUCUAUUUUGUAUUGUCACCUAGCCCAGCUGCACUGGUAGCAACCCUUUCCAUACCAUUCAUUUGCAGCUCUUCUGGGCUGGCUUUGCACUGACAGAAUAAAUGCUGCUCCAUAACAACAGAUAAA